UUUCAUGAUGGGGCUUUCGGGUUACCUCUGUGGUGUUUUUAUGAAAAUUUUUGUUUUAGAAAUGAAAAUUGUUGAGUACCUGCUGAGAAAUUGGAUUUUUUGGUAUGCUUUGCCUGUAGGUAUGUUUGAGCAUAGGAAAUGUACAAAAUUAUUGGUGAAUAUUAGGAAUUUCAUGGCUACUUGUGUAGUCUUUGUCAAGAUAUAUUGUUUCUGCAGAAAAAAGGGUGUAUGAGGGGUCUUUAGCUCUAAAUGAAAGUCUGUGAGUCCUGCUGCAGAUUAGGGUUUUUGCAGAUUCUAUUAUGUUUUUGGAGAAAUUCUCCCCCUCAUGCAAUAUCUAGAUUCUCUUUUCCCGGUUUUUUGAUAGUGAACUUCUGUUUGGAUUCUGAAAAAUCAACUGGAGGCAAAAGUUAUUUCUGAUUAUAAUUGCAGAGAUCCCACUAUGAAUUUUUGUACUUCUAGUCAUGCGCAUGUUUCUCCUGUCAAUGUUUUUGUUAAUUUUUAUAGAUCUAAAUGACAAUUGGGAUUUUCUAUUGCUGUUGGGACUGAACUCAAUAUUUGGAAUCUGUUCUUAAUAUCUCUGUGUUGUUGUCCUGUACAUUAUUUAUUGGAUUUGAUAUGCGUUGACGUGCUGUAAAACAUUUUGUCCAUAUGGUAGUUAUGAUUAUACUGUUUCUUUUUACCCUUGAGAGUCGGUAACAGAAAGUUGUGCGGCUUUUAGGUGUCGAUAGGUUCAUAAACGGCAUCAACAUGCGCAUGCUAUGGAACUAAUGAUAGGUGCUGAUUUAUGCAUUUGUGAGGUCUGCCAAGAUGUGUUUUGAACAGCCACCAGUGGAGUUAUGUUGCGUAUUUAGUUCCAAAAAAAAAAAAACAUCUCUGAAGAAUGUUAUGGGCUUUCAGAUUUCUGGGUCAUGAUCUUAUUGAAGUUGUUAAGAAUAGAGUUCCAUGAUAUAUACGUUUUACAUAAUUGAGAAAUCAACUAAAAGUUUUUAAAAUGCAAUUGUAUGUUACUAUGAGUGUAUUUUUUGUCUAUUAUUAUAAUGGGGUUUUAUUUCAAGAUGUUUUUGUCUUUAAACACAAUCUUUUGAACAUUUUGGAUAGCCGCGAUGAAUCUGGAUUUUGUUUGUUCCCUGGAGAUUCCCUCUGGGAAGCACAAUCUUUAUGUGGAGAGAAUGCCCAUCCUUCUGACCAGCUUCUUCAGUAGGUGUAUAAGUGUGAAUGAGGCUCCUAUGUGAAACUCUCUCCAAGUCCUCCCUUACUACUUGAGCUCCUAAAUUCUCUGAAUUUCCUGAAGAUUUAUAAUCAUCGUAACUCAUAAGCACUGUAUGUGCUCUCAUCUAUCGUUUUUGAAAGCAUGGAAUUGGUUGCAUAAUAUUGUUGAUUGAUAGUGACCUCCAUCUAUAUUUUGGGGAAGCAUGGGUUUGGUUGCAUGGUGUCCUCAUUGGAAUGAUUUAUUGACAAUGAAAGCACUUAAAGCAGCACUUAUUGCAAUUUCUGUACAAUUUACAUUCGAUAGCAUAGUUUGAAUUUAAAUAUGUUUGAUGUGUGUAUCUGGUGGAAGAUGAAUAGCAUGUCAAUAUUGCGCUUGCAUUUUGUUACUUGUACAUGCCUUGUCCAUUUUGUUGUUUUUGUCAUCCUUGUAUGGAAGGAAUUUGUUUUCAAUAAUUAGUUUUCCCAUUGGUGUUAGAAGCUGCAGAAAUUUGCAUGUAGCUACCAGUAGGGUGCUAUGUACUUACGAAGAUACAGUGCAAAGUUCAAUCUUAAGCUAUUUGAGAUUGUUCAUUUGCAAUAUAUUUCCUAAUGAAAUAAUAGGAAAGGGAAAUUUGCAUAAUAUCCAUAGAGAACCCCCAUUAAGAAAGCUCACUUCACUGUAAACCUGGGUAUUGAUAUUAUUUUUAUCAAACCCUCUAGGUGAGAUAACAAGGGAUUAGGACCACAAUUUCACUGAAUCAAUCAACAAAGAAAAAGAAGAACUACCUCAAUAUGUAACAAAGGCUGUAGCUGUUGCUAUAUAAAAACCCCUGACCAAAAUGCUUUUCCUUCCUUGACAAAUCAAAACACUACCCCUCUCUUUCCUAUAUGAAUAUCUAGAGCUCCUCCUCCCAAUAACGCCCUUCUCAUACCUAUAGUCUAAAAAAGACACUGAAGACAAUAAACAAGAAAAUAGACAAACUAUCAAGCCUGUGCAACCUAACAAUCACAUCAUCCGAGCUAUCUGAUUCCUGCAACGCCUCUAGGAUUCACCUGAAAGCUGCCACUUGGCAUGGGACCCUGAGCACCCCUAUUUGAUCAUAUCUCUGCUCGUGAAGUUAUCUAUUCAAUUACUCGGAAGACCCUAGAUGGUUGAAAACAUUGGUGCUCACCGCAAAUUUUUCCAAUUCGUCUUCCCCAAGUAUGGGCAUGUGUGGUUCUAUGGCUUUUAGCUAACUUUUUAGCUCUUUUUGGCUAUUUCUUGGCAGUUCUUUACAUUUUUCCAUCGACCUUUUGAACCAUUGAUCUCGGGCCUGGGAUUCCUUGGGCCUUUUAAUAAUGGCCAGUGAUCACUAGAUUCUGAUCGGUGAAGGGAUUGGCGUGAAGUUGGAGAGCGGAGAUGAGAGAGCUGUAUGAUCAGUUGCUUCAUUGUUGGAUAAGAUGGAAUAAACGUUCGGUCUCGGGUUUGGAUAAGAUGAGAGAGAAAGAAGAUAGAUAUUAAUAGUUUUUCAGGUUUAUAGAGAGAGAAAAGAACAGUGAAUCGAGAUUUUUAUUCUUUUUUCCCAUUGAUUGAUCCAGGGGCAUUUUGAUCCUAAAUCCCCUUGUUCUCCCAUGUGGGGGAUUUGAUGGAAAGAAAACUAGUACCCAGGUUUAUGGUGAGAGUGCUUUUUUGGCGGGGGCCCUCUGUGGAGUAUGUUUUAGUGGGGGGGAAUUAGUCCUUGGCUUCUAGUUGACAGAAACGGUUAUUCUUCCUUCGUAUUUUAUCAUCUCUCUUGCAAAGUUAACUCUUAGAGGCAAUUCAUUAUGUUAUUUCUGUUGAAAUAACAUCUACUACUCUGCCCCUUUCUUGAAACUUCAUAAUAAUCCCAGUUGAUGACAUCAAUUCUUGCUUUGUUUUCUAUUAUCUUUCUUAUGAUAUAAGCUUGUGUCUGUCAAUGACUUGUUUAGUUUCGGGCCUUCUAGUUGACAUAUUGUAGCUAUUUUUAGGUAUUGUAAUCUGAAUUUGGAGAAAAAAAACUAGCUUCUUUGUUUUUCUUUGUCCAUUUUAUUUAUCCAUCUACAGUUUUUGGUUGUCCUGUGUGAUACAAUAAAAAAUAUUUUUUCUUAUGAAAAUAUGUGUUCAUUUUGGAUUGUUUUUUAGUAGAUGUGAACUUUGGCUGCAAAUAAACUAUCCUAAUUGAAAUCAGAAACUGUUGAUUUGUACCAGGAAGUUUAAUCAGGAAAAUUAUAUUGUACGAGGAUGUUUACUGUCUUCUUGUUGUGACUUCUCCAAAUCUUGAAAUGCAUAUAUUUAUUCAACUUCAAGGUUGACAUAAGCACCCUUCGGGAUCCAGUGAACAUCUUAUUGCUUCAUGUUGUGAACCUUUUGAGAGUCUAAGGUGCUAGGGUGCAUAAAAUACCAGAGUUCAAACUGUACAAACAAUUGGCCUUCAAUUUCAUCCAAAGUGUUGAAGGGAACAUGGGUCCUCUUUGUGACUUUUGCGGGGACCAAAGGUCUAUGGUGUACUGUAGGUCCGAUGCAGCUUGCUUAUGCUUAUCAUGUGAUCGCAAGGUGCAUUCUGCAAAUGCACUUUCUAGGCGUCAUUCACGAACACUUGUAUGCGACAGAUGCAGUUCUCAGCCAGCAAUUGUUAGAUGUCUUGACGAGAGUACAUCUCUUUGUCAAAAUUGUGAUUGGAAUGGCCAUGGGGCCCCAGGAUCUGCUUCAGGUCAUAAGAGACAGACAAUUAACUGCUAUUCAGGUUGCCCCUCUGCUACUGAACUUUCAAGAAUUUGGACAUUUGUUAUGGAUUUCCCCUCCACCGAAGAUACUACCUGUGAGCAAGGAAUGGGUUUGAUGACGAUCGAUGAGAACAAUGUGAGCAAUAGUUGGGGUUCAAUGGAAAAUGGUGACAAAGUGGAUUUUUGUGUGGGAUCUUCACGAAUUCCUGCUUUGGACUCGAUGUCACAAGUUGAUCAACAAGUUGUAACCUCCGACUUUACCCCACCCAAGAUGUGCUCUACUGAAAUUAAGGGCCUUGGAAUUUGUGAUGACGAUAUUUAUAAAGAUUUCAAUGUCGAUGAUGUUGACUUGGACUUUGAUGACUAUGAAGAGUUGUUUGGUGGUUCCCACAAUCCUUCAGGAUAUCUUUUUGACGAUGCUGGUGUUGAUAGCUUGUUUAUGGGGAAGAACGCUUCUGUUGCUAAUUCAAAUGCCCAAAGUGAAAAUUCAAUGGAGGCAUCUUCAGUAAGGCCAGAUGGCUCGAAUGUUCUCACUCCGUGCAUUUCUCGACAUGUGAAUACCAUCCAAACGACCACUUGUAGUGAACCAAUAGUGUCAGGCCAUGAUAGAUGUACUGGCCUUGACCUCACUUUUCCAGUGAGGCAAGCCUGUUCGAGUGUAUCCCUCUCGUUUUCUGGAAUGACAGGGGAGAGUAAUGCAGGAGAUUACCAAGACUGUGGAAUUUCGUCGACACUUUUUAUGGGGGAGCCACCGUGGGACCUGUCGGGCCCUGAAGGCACAUUCCCUCAAUCGAGGGACAGUGCGGUUUUGCGAUACAAGGAGAAGAAGAAAACCCGAAAGUUUGAAAAGAAAAUCCGGUAUGCCUCUCGUAAGGCUAGGGCAGACAUAAGGAAACGAGUAAAGGGGCGUUUUGUGAAGGCUGGAGAGGCCUAUGACUAUGACCCAUUGUGUCAGUUCCAGGCUAGAAGUUUCUAAGGCAAUGGUGAACUUCGUGACACGCGAUCCUUCUUUCUACUUCACCAAUUUAUAUAUUUCUCAAACUGGCUGCCUAAAAACUAAAUACAAAAAGAAGAAAAAAUUGGGGGAGACAAAGAGGGGUCGAAUAUCAGCAACAAUUUACCUGUUAAGUGAAAACAACCGAGAUAAAGAAGUUGAAUAUUGGCGGUCAAUAUGCCUGUUAAAGUGUUAACUUUCUGCCUUUUGUGGGUCAGAUUUCAUGAAAUCUGGCCUAUGUCACCAGGGGGCCUUGUUUAUAUCAUUUUGGUUAUAAUCUAUGCCUGCUUAUCCAUCUUUUCGGCUGGGUACUAUCUGAUUAUGCCGGAAUUUGUUGGUGUAGAUGUCUGGGGAGGGGAUGUAUAUGGAAUUCUAGUGAUGGAUUGAAGUGAAUAUUGAUGUGUCCAAAUUCCCUCGAGGAAGAUGUGAAGGUGAGACAUGAGAGAGAGAGAGAGAGAGAGAGAGAGAGAGAUAGAGAGAGAGAGAGAGAU